AUGGAUAUUAACUCAACCCUAAUUCUCUCCACACUCCUCUUCACAUCCGUACUUUUCAGUCUUCCUAUAUUGACAACGUCCGACGGCGAUUGCCCUUAUCCUUGUUAUCCUCCUCCCGGCGGGGCUGGUACCCCUACUGUCACAACAGCACCGCCUCCGCCAUCUCAGUCAGCAGGAUCAUAUUCACCUCCAGUAUACCCUACUCCAACUGGAAAUUUACCAUACAAUUCUCCACCACCUUUUGGUAACAACUUUAAUGGUCCUCCACCUCCUGACGCUAUCUUGCCUUAUUUUCCAUACUACUACAGAAGGCCUCUUCACCAAAAUGAUGUCUCUUCGGCAACCAGUCUUCCAAGGUCAACUCUUACGAUGACCGCAUCUAAUAUUCUUGCUUCUGCUUUUCUGUAUCUUGUUUUCGGUUGUUAA